UACGUCAGCUGCGCAAAGUCAGACCAGGAAGUAGUCACACAACUGCGGGUGAAAAUGUUUACAUUCAGUUUGACUUUCGUGCGACAUGGAGAAACACCAUACAACAGGGAAAAGCUACUGCAAGGACAAGGUGUGGACACGUCCUUAUCAGAGACAGGUGUUCAACAGGGGGAGGCGGUGGGACGAUACCUCAGAGACGUCCCAUUCAACAAUGUGUUUGUCAGUAACCUCCAAAGAGCUGUACAGACAGCUGAACUCAUCGUGAAGAACAAUACUCACUGCUCUGGCAUGGAGAUGGUUUUGGAGCCGCUACUCAGAGAGAGGGGUUUUGGCGUUUGUGAAGGACGUCCCAAAGAGGACUUGAAGAACAUGGCUAACGCUUCUGGCCAGUCAUGUCGUGACUUCACCCCUCCAGGAGGAGAGACUUUGGAUCAGGUGAGGCUGCGAUUCAAAAAAUUCCUCAAAGCCCUUUACAAACGAAUGCUUGAUGAGCACGGCUGCUCGGAACCGCACGCUCCUGCAGGAGCUUCAGAAGCUGCAAAUGGGACUUCUGCUGCCGCCUCAGACGUUGCACUUGAUGGUUCUGCUGACGACGGUCUCCAGGGAGUGUCGGUCCACACGCUGGUCGUGAGUCACGGCGCUUACAUCCGUGUCGCCCAUAAACACCUUGUGGAGGACUUAGCCAGCUCUCUGCCCGCCGGGGUGAAGAUGUCCCACCUGUUUGCACCCUGUCCGAACACGGGGAUCAGCCGGUUUAUCCUCACUCUCAGCCAAUCUGAAUCCGGUUCUCCUGUCCUGUCGGCUGCUUGCUGCGUCUUUACAAACAGGAAGACCCACCUGGAUGACCUCUCAGAUGCUGAAUAAUGUGAAAGGAAGAAAAGAGGGGGUGGCAUGGCUGAUGGGAACAAUUACGAACACUAAAGGGAAACUAAAAUAAAAGACCUCAGAGUUACCGCAGGUAGCUUUAUACAUAAAUACACAGGGUAAGCUGUUUUUUCUAAAUACUCAAGGGUUUGAAUGUGUUCAGUAGUACUGUACUCCUCAUUCUUCCAACAGUGGGCCAGCACAUGUCAUAAUUUAUUUUUAAUUCCAUCACCUCUUUAUCAUUUUAUGCCAAAGUCGGAACAGUUCCAUAUACAAUUUUAAGAACUGCAUGUGUGCGGGGUGAUCACCUUGUUUCAUUUCCUGUUUCUGCUCGUUUACUCGUGCAAUAUGAAAUCACUGUAUCUUUGAGUUUUAUACAUAUUUAUAGAUGACAAAAAUAACUGCAAAAAGACAUCUAUGACAUUUGUAUUUGUUUUUAGGUGCUACAUAUUCAUGCGUGUUUAUUUCAGGACCUCUUAGUGUUGUCUAUUUUUAGAGUUUUAUUCCCAGAUGAAUGCUUGAGACUUGAAGCCCCUCAUGGCUUUCAUAAUUCAAAAACAACAUGAUUUGUUAGCGCCAAAGUGCAAGGUAAAAUAAACCUUAAAAUAACACAAAGGAAUUUAAUAUUCUGCUACAACACAUAUCAAGGAAUCAUAGAAAAUCUCCACCCAGACGUUUGUGUUGCACAGUAUUUAUGAAGUGCUUGUUCAAAUGGGAUUUGAUGUGUCAUUGUAUUUCCAUUAAAUUUCUACCUACUGAUGAGUACACAAGUGAAGUAUGCUGCCAUCUCCAGUUCUGUGCUGCUUGUUUUAUUUGUGCAAUAUAAAAUGACAAUACUGA